AUGGCUCCCCAAAAGCUUUUCACCCUCGAGGGCAAAGGCCUGAAGCUCGACACCGCUCAGGAUCUGGAGGCGCAUAUUGCUGACCUUCGCGCCAUGGACGAUGUCGAGGAGGUCAGGUUGCUUGGAAACACGCUGGGCGUCGGUGCUUGCCAGCUUCUUGGCGAGGUCUUGUCAACCAAGAAGUCGCUCAAGGUUGCAAACCUCGCCGACAUCUUCACUGGCAGAUUACUGAGCGAGAUCCCUGAUGCCUUGUCAUCCCUGCUCACGUCCAUCCUCAAUCUGCCCAAUCUUCGAACCAUAAACCUCAACGACAACGCCUUCGGCUUGAACACCCAGGCUCCCUUGGUCGCAUUUCUCGCCAGCCACGUGCCUUUGCAGCACCUUUACCUCAACAACAACGGUCUGGGGCCUCACGCCGGUAUCUUGAUCGCCGACGCACUGUCUGAGCUGCACGCAAAGAAGGAGCAGGCUCGCAAGGCCGGCCAAGAUGUGCCCGACCUCGAGACAGUCAUCUGCGGCCGCAAUCGCCUGGAAAACGGUAGCAUGACCGCUUGGGCCAAGACCUUCAGCCUACACAGCAAUGUCAAGGAGAUCAAGAUGGUCCAGAACGGCAUUCGACAAGAGGGAAUUAUCCAUCUGCUUAGCCAGGGCUUGAACCACGCCCGCAGCCUCAGAGUCCUUGAUCUUCAAGAUAACACUUUUACUCGUACCGGUGCCAAGGCUCUGGCCAAGGUUGUGUCUCUUUGGUCUGAGAUCCAAGAACUCGGCGUGGGUGAUUCCCUUCUGGGCACCAAGGGUGGUAUUGCGCUUGCUGCUGCCCUUGCCAAGGGAAAGAACCCGAAGCUUGAAAUCUUGCGCCUGCAGUAUAACGAGAUUGCCGCACUGGGAGUAAAGGGCUUUGCGGAAGCCGCAAAAGAUGGUCUGCCUGGUUUGAAGAAGAUUGAGCUCAACGGAAACAAAUUUGAAGAAGAAGACGAGUCUAUCCUGGCUCUGCGAGCCUUGCUAGAGGAUCGCAAAGAGAAAUUCGGCGGAGAGGUUGUGGAUGAGGACGCUUGGGGACUGGACGAAUUGGAUGAGCUUGAGGAAGUUGAUUCAGACGAGGAGGAGGAAGAAGAAGAGGAGGAGGAGGAGGAGGAGGAGGAGGACAUUGAACCCAAGGAGAGAGCCGAGAAGCUUAUCAAGGAGGCGGAAGAGGCUCAAGAGGAGCCUACUGUUCAGCUCAAAGACCCCGAAGUGGAUGCGUUGGCCAAGUCUCUGGAGAAAACGUCGAUCUGA